AUGGGCAAUUGUUGUCAUCUAAAGUAAUAUUUAUAUAGGAAAUACAGCAGACAAACCACAUUAAAAAUCACCCCAAAUCGAGACAUGAAUGCUUGAAAUAAUGACUGAGGAAAUACAAUAGAAAAUAUCUUUGGAAAAGACCAAGAAGACUCAGAAGUCGACUUUUUGAUGAUUCCUGAAAUGAAAAUUGAUCUCCCAAAAAAAGAAUCUCCCAGAGUGGAAAACCCAGAAAAGCCACAUCCUUUAUAUUCAGGGUGACAUUAUAUGGAUGAAGAUGAGCAUGCUUCGUCUGCUUCAAUCUCAAUUGUUUCGAAUAAAUUGAAAGGCCAUCAUAUAGAGCAAGAAGAAGCGUCAACGUAUAGUCAUAUACAAGAAGUUUCAUUAAAUAAAACUUGGCAAUGGCAAGAAGAUUUGGGUAAUGAGAAUGGUGUUAAACAUAAUGAAUUUUAUGCCAAAAAGGUAAAGAAAACUUUUAAUGCGUCAGAAUCUAAAGAAACAAAUAGAAAAGAAGAGAUAAAAAAGAAUAAUAGACCAAAAUUGACUGAGCAAAGGCUGAGACUUAAUAGAAUUUCAUACGAUAAAGCUGAGUCUAGGCCGAAAAAAUGGGCAAGCAGCGAAGAGAGGCCAAAAGUGCAUGAUGCUUCAUAUGGAGAAGAUUCGUCACAUAUUCAAGACAGCAGCGAAGUAGGCCCUUUAUGGCAAAAUUACUCUUAUCAAGAACACAAGUCUCAUGAUCUGCUCAGCUUAAUUCUAAAAAGACAUCACUCGAAAUUAUCAAACUAUGAAGAAGACAAGCUUUCUCCGGGCUGCAAAAGCCCUGACGAAAAUAAAUUCAAAACCCCAAGUAUUCGCUCCUGAAACAACUCUCCAAAUCCUCCGAUGAGAAUUCCAAGUACUGACAAUAUCAGUGCUUCAAUUUCUUACAACAGACAAGAAUCGUCACUUUCCACCACUAAGCCUUCAUUUCGGCUGCCUCCUUAUCCUAAAAAAGGAGUUAUCAGCCCCAACUCUAUUUCCAAAGCAUUUCUCGAUGAUAACCAAGGCCGACGCACAAAAAGUGUUAAAAAGCAGCUAUAG